UUCAAUUCCGUCUGCAAUUCCAGCCAGUAAGCCAAAGCAGAAUGAGUUUGUCCAUCAAAUAUGGCGCUCGUGUCAAGUGUUUUUCUUUUAUACAUCGCUAUUUUACCUGCUAAAAAUUUGUGAAAAGUCCAAUAAAAUAUAAAAAAUAAUUUGCAAAAACCUAUUAAAAACGCGGCCGAAAUUAGCGGGAACAUUGUGAGAUUACGUGGAAAGUGUUGAGUUUACUGCUUACAAAUUUACAGAGUGGAGGGCAGCAAAGUAAAUAUGUGGAUAUGUAUGUGUAUAAAAAAAUAAGUAAAUAAAACACAUAAGUAUAUAAAAAAAGUUAUAUAAAAGAAACAAAAUAAAUAGAGUGAAAAAAUAUAAAGCGAGCCACGCAAAGAAGAAUAUACCAUACAAGUUUCUACUUGAGUUGUGCGAAAUCGGAAAGGGCUGAAGGUGCGGCGCAGUGCUUAGAGAGCGCUUUGGGGCGCACACGAAGGAGAAGCUAAUAAAGAAUCGCUAGUUGUUAACGCGUCACAAGGCUCAAACGCCGUCAUCGUGACUGUAUUGUUUUGUUACAAACGUUGUGCGAAUUAUUGUGUGUACACUUUUAUCGUAUAUAUCGCGACCGUCAUACAUAACGUCCACGUCGCUGUUUCCGUUCUCGUCAAAGUCAACAACACACACGGAACGUUGAAAAAAAAAAUCAUUUUACUGACUGCUUGUCGUAUUUGGAACGCGCUUGGGUAUAACUUUGUUAGCCAAAGGAUAACGCACUCCCACAGCGCAACGACGUUAAAACAGGCAUACUUCGACGGCCGUGGUUGUUUUAAGCGACACCAGUAAGCAACGACACGCAAACUUAAAAAUUCAAUUCGCGCAUAUUUGAUCCUUUUUCGCCCAAAUACCGAAUACUGUGUGUGUAUAUCACCAUAUAGUAAUUGAGGAGCAGCGAUAACCACGUGCGCACAUAAAACCACACAACGGUAGAGCGCUUGUAAAUAGGCACUACAUACUAAAAGUAAUAUACAUAUAUACAAAUAUAUUUGCACUUGCCGGUGUACACCAUGUCAACUGAUAAGAUCAAAGUUGCUGUGAGGGUGCGACCCUUCAAUCGUCGCGAAAUCGAGUUGGGCACAAAAUGCAUCGUGGAGAUGGAAAAACAGCAGACAAUUCUGCAAAAUCCGCCAUCAUUGGACAAAUUGGAGAGAAAGCCACCCAAGACAUUUGCAUUCGAUCAUUGCUUCUACUCGCUAAAUCCCGAAGACCAAAACUUCGCCUCACAGGAGUCCGUUUUCGAUUGUGUGGGACGUGAUAUACUCGAUAAUGCAUUCCAAGGCUACAAUGCCUGCAUAUUCGCCUAUGGCCAAACAGGCUCCGGCAAAUCAUACACAAUGAUGGGUUCGCUCGAGAGCAAAGGCAUCAUACCACGCCUUUGCGAUAAGCUCUUCUCAGCCAUUGCAAACAAAUCAACACAGGAACUCAUGUACAAGGUGGAGGUGUCCUACAUGGAGAUCUACAAUGAGAAAGUACACGAUCUACUCGAUCCGAAACCAAAUAAACAAUCACUCAAGGUGCGUGAACACAAUGUGUUGGGUCCAUAUGUGGAUGGUUUGUCACAAUUGGCGGUCUCCUCAUACAAGGACAUUGACAAUCUCAUGACCGAAGGCAAUAAAUCACGUACUGUGGCCGCAACGAAUAUGAAUGCCGAAUCGUCACGUUCGCAUGCUGUCUUCUCGGUGGUACUCACACAAAUACUGACAGAUCAGGCGACCGGUGUGAGUGGUGAGAAAGUGUCACGUAUGUCGUUGGUGGAUUUGGCUGGUUCCGAACGCGCUGUGAAGACUGGUGCUGUGGGCGAUCGACUCAAGGAGGGCUCCAACAUUAAUAAAUCACUCACCACCCUUGGUUUGGUCAUCUCAAAGUUGGCCGAUCAAUCGAAUGGCAAGAAGGGUGGCAAUGACAAAUUCGUACCCUACCGUGACUCCGUACUCACAUGGCUGCUAAAGGACAAUUUGGGUGGUAAUUCCAAAACCGUUAUGGUUGCCACAAUCUCGCCAUCUGCCGAUAACUACGAAGAGACACUGUCGACGCUGCGUUAUGCCGACCGCGCCAAGCGUAUUGUCAAUCAUGCCGUUGUCAAUGAAGAUCCGAAUGCGCGCAUCAUACGCGAGCUGCGUCUGGAAGUGGAGGCGUUACGUAAUAUGCUGAAGCAUGCGACCGGUUCGCCAGUGGGCGAUGUACAACGCGUCGACAUACACGACAAGCUGGCCGAAAGUGAGAACCUAAUGAAGCAAAUCUCACAAACGUGGGAGGAGAAAUUGGUGAAGACCGAACGUAUACAAAACGAACGUCAGCAAGCGCUUGAGAAGAUGGGCAUAAGCGUGCAGGCGAGCGGUAUUAAAGUGGAGAAGAAUAAAUAUUAUUUAGUCAAUUUGAAUGCUGAUCCGUCCCUGAAUGAGUUGUUGGUCUACUAUUUGAAGGAUCGCACCCUAAUCGGUGGUCAUAGCAUUUCCGGCCAACAACCAGACAUACAACUAUCCGGCCUUGGUAUACAACCUGAACACUGUGUCAUUGUCAUCGAAGAUGGUGGACUCUUCGUGGAACCCAUACAGGGUGCUCGUUGCUUUGUGAACGGUUCGGCGGUGUUGGAGAAAAUUCCACUACACAAUGGCGACCGCAUACUCUGGGGUAAUCAUCAUUUCUUCCGUGUAAAUUGUCCGAAGAGCGCCAAUGCCAACAUGAUCUCGGAACCACAAACCCCAGCACAGUUGAUUGAUUAUAAUUUUGCACGCGAUGAGAUAAUGCAGAAUGAACUGAGCAAUGAUCCCAUACAAACGGCCAUUGCGCGUCUCGAGCGGCAGCAUGAGGAGGACAAGCAAGUGGCUUUGGAGAAGCAGCGACAGGAGUAUGAGCGUCAAUUCCAACAGUUGCGUAACACUUUGUCACCCAGCACCCCCUACGCUCCAUACACACCAUAUGAUCCCUUGCGUUUGGGUAAGAUUACACCGAACACACCUACAUCGCAGAUGCGUGUGGAGAAGUGGGCACAGGAGCGCGAUGAGAUGUUCAAGCGUUCGCUGGGUCAAUUGAAAAACGAUAUUAUGCGCGCCAAUGCUUUGGUGCAGGAGGCCAAUUUCCUUGCCGAGGAGAUGGAGAAGAAGACAAAAUUCUCAGUUACUUUGCAAAUACCGCCAGCCAAUCUUAGUCCCAAUCGACGGCGCGGCGCUUUCGUCAGCGAGCCAGCCAUUUUGGUCAAGCGCACAAAUUCCGGUAGUCAAAUUUGGACCAUGGAGAAGUUGGAGAACAAGUUGAUUGACAUGCGCGAAAUGUAUCAGGAGCAUAAGGAGCGUAUUUUGAAUGGUUUGGAGAGUGAAAACUCCAAAUCAUUGGAUCCCUUCUACGAGUCGCAGGAGAAUCACAAUUUGAUCGGCGUCGCUAAUAUAUUCCUUGAAGUUCUCUUCCACGAUGUUAAGCUGGACUAUCACACGCCCAUCAUAAGUCAACAAGGUGAAGUUGCUGGCCGACUUCAGGUCGAGGUACAACGCAUUGCCGGUCAAAUGCCACAAGAUCGCAUGUGCGAAUCGAUUUCCGAGUCUUCGACCGAUUCACGCGAUGAAUACGACGAUCCCGUUGAUCCGAUGUCCAAUCAAAUCACUUGUCGUGUCUCAAUAAAGAGCGCCACCGGCUUGCCGCUCUCACUCUCCAACUUCGUUUUCUGCCAGUAUACAUUUUGGGGCCACCAAGAGACGGUGGUGCCUGUGAUCAACGCCGAAGCGCCAUCACACGAUCAGAAUAAAGUUUUCAAAUUUGAGCACACCAAAGACUUUACGGUCGCCAUAAAUGAGGAAUUCCUGGAGCACUGCAUUGAGGGUGCGCUCUCGGUUGAGGUUUGGGGACACCGCAGCGCCGGUUUCUCCAAAACCAAGGGUUGGGAGGUGGAGCAACAACAGGCUAAGGCGCGUUCGCUAGUCGAUCGCUGGGCGGAAUUGUCACGUAAAAUCGAAUUGUGGGUGGAAAUACACGAGUUGAAUGACAAUGGUGAAUACUCACCGGUGGAGGUGACAAAUCGCACCGAAGUGCUCACCGGUGGUAUCUAUCAGUUACGUCAGGGCCAACAGCGGCGCGUAAAUGUGCGCGUUAAGCCCGUACAAAAUUCCGGCACACUACCGAUCAUCUGUCAGUCCAUAGUGAAUAUUGCCAUCGGCAGCAUUAGCGUGCGUUCGCGUUUACAACGACCACUCGACUCGUAUCAGGAGGAAGAUCUCACCGUGCUGCGCGAGCGUUGGAGUGAAGCGCUUGGCCGCCGACGCUCCUACCUCGAUCAGCAGAUACAGAAGCUGAUCAAGAAGGAGGAGAAGACCGAGGAGGAACGCGAACGCGAGCUCAGCUUGGUGCAUCAGUGGGUCUCUUUAACUGAAGAACGCAAUGCUGUUUUGGUACCCGCACCCGGUUCUGGUAUACCCGGCGCGCCAGCCUCUUGGGAACCACCAGCCGGCAUGGAACCACACGUGCCAGUCUUGUUUCUCGAUCUAAACGCGGACGAUAUGUCUGCGCAAAAUACCAAUGAUGAAUUCUCUGUUGCCGGUCAAAAUUCGAUACUCUCCAAAGAGCAUGGACAUAAAUUCUACACGCUACAAAUAUUACAACAUCUCGAGAAGGAUGUCUGCUCGAUCGCCAGUUGGGACUCGUCCAUGCACGACAGUCAGGCGCUGAAUCGUGUUACCGAAGCCAAUGAGCGUGUCUACCUGAUCUUACGCACCACAGUGCGGCUCUCACACCCCGCACCCAUGGAUCUCGUGUUGCGCAAACGAAUUAGCAUAAAUAUCAAGAAGGGACCAAGCAUUACCGAUCGCUUGAAGAAGUUCCGUUUGGUGCGCGGCGAGAAUGCCAUUUUGCAGACGGGCGUCACCUACGAAGUGGUCUCCAACAUACCGAAAGCAUCCGAAGAGCUGGAAGAUCGCGAAUCCUUGGCACAGCUUGCCGCCAGCGGUGAUGAUUGCUCCGCAAGUGAUGGCGAAACCUACAUCGAAAAAUACACGCGCGGCGUCUCCGCUGUGGAGAGCAUAUUGACGCUCGAUCGCUUGCGUCAAAGCGUUGCCGUUAAAGAGCUGGAGACUGCGCACGGCCAACCGUUGUCAAUGCGCAAGACCGUCAGCGUGCCCAACUUCUCACAGCUCAUGCGUUUCGAUGCCUCCAUGGAGUCGCUGCUGAAUGUCGGACGCUCUGAAUCCUUUGCUGAUCUCAACAACCAAACAUUGAACUCCAAAUUUCCAGCACAUCAAGCCAUACGCGAUUUCGGCACACGCAAUCGUCACAGUUUCGGCGGCAAGGGCAGCAAUGAUGAGCCCCCAUGCAAACCAUUUGGCAUUGCUUCACCGGCUACCAGCAAGCUACUGGGCAUGCGCAUGACCACACUACACGAAGAACCGCUCGGCGUGCAUCGUGCACUCGCGGAAGAGCCCGAAGACAGCUACAGCGACUCGGAAUACACCAAUGAGUUUGAGCAGGAGAAGAAUCAGCAGAACAGUUAUCACACACGCUCACGGCUGACCGCAUCGAAGACCAUGGACUCAUUCAUGGAUGUCAGCAAUCAUUCCACUAACAGCUACUUGAGCUAUACAUCCAGCGCCAAUGCGAAUAUGAAGCAUUUAACCGGACUGGCCACGCCCAGCAUGAGUUCGUCCACAUCGAGCGGCUAUGGUUCGCAGGCGGUGUCAUGCAGCAAUUUGACAAACGAUGAUAUCGCUUCUAUGCGUUCAAUGAGCAUUGAUGAGACACCAGACUAUCAUUCGAAUUCACCACCCAAUCGGCAGGCACGCUUCAAUCCAUUCCUAAAAGACAUGCCAAAGUCAAAUGGCAAACAACAGCAACAACAACAACCAGCGCAAACAACGACAGCACAUUCGGCGAUGAAUGACGAACAAAACGAUUCAUCGCAGACACAACAAAAAUUAGCACCAGAAAGCACUAACGACAACAACACUGAGGCCAAUAACACAAAUGCAAAGCUGCCAAACAAUACAACAACAACAAAAGCACAGUACACUGCUGCCAAUGUCGAGGAGAUGGAGAUGGAUGCAGACGUUGUGGCGGAUAACGGUGAUUAUAUGGCAAACACCAUUAAUGAUGAUGAUGAUGUUGUUGAACUGAAGAAUAACAACAACGGCGAAACAACAACAGCAGCGGCCAAGUUAAUUAACAAUCACCAGAAUAGUGAGAAUAAUAAGAAUACAACAAAUACAACAACAGCAACAGCAACAUUAAUUAGCAACAACAUUGCUACAGACAAUCAAAAUGGCAAUGAGACGAUAAAUCACACAACAGCAACACAAGCAACAACAACAAAUGCAACAAUUGAGGCUGAACAACAACAACAACCGUUAGAGGGUAAUGGCAUCGUACGCGGCCAACUGCCAGCCGGUAAAGUGAUGCGUCGCAAAAAGACACCACCACAAGGUGGCAACGUCAUGUCGAGCAGCGUCAUAAGCACGAACAACAACAACGGCGGUGCAUCGCGUACCCAGCUGCAGCGUGCUUCCGUGGCACAAAUGGAAGGCAUAUUGACGGCGUCCAAUGAUCGAUUGAAUGUGUCGAUGACCGGCAGCAUGGAACUUGAUGCAGAAAUCGAGGCCUCACUUCCCGACUGGGUGCAAGUUAGCGAAUCGGUGCUAAUACGUCCCUACAACACGAGCGGCGUCAUCAGCUACAUCGGCAACACACACUUCCAAGCUGGCACUUGGAUUGGUGUUGAGCUAGACACGCCGACGGGCAAGAAUGAUGGCACCGUGCAGGGCAUACAAUAUUUCCAAUGCAAGCCGAAGCAUGGCAUAUUCGUGCGCUACGACAAGUUGAUAUUGGACAAACGUGGCAAGGCCAUGCGCGCCUACAAGGCGGAGAAAAGCAACAGUAAAGACACAAACAUGACACGCUCAAAGAGUCGCGGCGAAUCUUUGGCCAGCGUCGGUGGCGGCGCCGCCUCACGCAAAUGAUUAUAUCCAAAAUGUUCGCAUCAAAUGCACCGCUGGGCUAAUUGCAAGCAAUCCACAUUGGUGACAGCAGCCAAAGUAGCAACAACAACAACAAACACCACAGCACUAACUGCAGCACAUGGCGGCAGCAAGAGCGCUGCUGCUGCUGCUGCACCAACACGCACAUGCACCAAAUUGCGUGCAACCAGCACAGCAGCCGCAACGAAUGUCGCGCCGUUGACGACCGCGGCCAAGUCCAUGGCUGCGGCCGUGUCACACGUCACCGGCGUCGAUGCGAACACCACGAGACGUUUCAAGCGACGCUCAACAGCAUUUUAAAAGAGUGGCAACAAAGCAGCAACAACAACAAUGUAUUGUAGGCUGCGUUGCUGCCAAAAUGCCGCGCGCAGCGUGCGCAAUGAACGCUCGACGGAAUAGACAUUUAACGGUUAAAAGUUAGAGAGAAGCAUAUAAUUCACAAGCAUCCAAGUCAUACAGCACGCAUAUACAGUUGUAUGUGGCAAAGAUAAAACAAAAACAAAAAAACAUGUAUGCUUCAUUGAACGAACGAAACGAAUUGCAAUUGCAUAAUACAUAUAUUACAUAAAUAUUACAUAACGGCAUAUUAUAUCAUAUAAUAUGGCAUACAUACAGAGACAUACUUACACUCGUAAAUUAAAAUUAAUAAUCACAUAAUGUACAGCCCACGUUGUGACCCCUUGAUUGUAAUGUUAUCGUAGUUAAACACACGUUCCACACACAUUCCCAAACUCCGCCCAACCCCAUUCCAUCCAAAAACAAAAAAAAAAAAACAACAACAAAACGCCCAUUUCGUUAGAACGUGUUGUGCGAAGUAGUGAAACUGUCUGCCCUGGGCAGUCAAAAAAAAUUAUAAAAAAUUAAAAAAGCAAAUUAUGAAAAGUACCGUAAUUUAAUAAACCCUUUUUGUAGUUUGUGAAAGUAAAUUUGGUUUAGCGCUUUCUAAAGUACGCGUAUUUCGUUUUUAAUUUUUAGUGUGUGUGUGUGUGUGUGUGUGUGUAUUUGUGUAUAAGUGAAAUCUGUGAAGUUUUAAGGCAAUGGGGAAAAAAAUAAUACUUUUUUAUAUUUUUAUUUUCGUUAUUAAUAUGAGGUAUUGCUUAUUGUGUCAAGUUGUUGUUAAGUGCUUCAGAGAAGACAUCUGAAGACAAGUAGGAUUAAAAUUUCAACAAAAAUGUCCCGGAAAGGCAUACAAAUAUUUAACGCAUAAUAUAUAUGUAUAUGUUGUUGUUGCAAACAUUCCCAAAGUAAUUUUGAGGAAUUCUGCAAAUGUGACAGUGCUUGGCCGAAUAAAAAUCCGAGUCCGUUACGGUUACUUAGAACCGACUGUCGUAGGAUCGUCUUAUGCGGCAACAGUCGUCUACAGUCGUGUUAAAGUUACAAAAACAAACUGGAAUUUACAUUCAAUCAUAAGCUAUCACAUCAACAUGUGGUUUAUUAACAGCAGUAGCUAACUUGAGAGAGACUUACAAAUUCGUUAAAAUAAAUGGUGUUUAUUGUUGCUGUUAGCAAAAAACUUUAUAAUAUGUCUUUGCUGCUCUUUUUUUCUCGAUACACGGCACCAUGCAAACCGAACGAUUCGAAUCCGAUAUUGAACCGACACUCUAUAAAAUGAUUUAAGAACUUUUCUAUCGUUACAACAAUAACAAUAACCCGACUGUGUCAUAAAAGUUACUUUGGCAAUUCGUUCCAUGAUAGUCCAAUUUAAGUAACCGAAAGGACUAUACAAAAUUGUUUGGGGGAAUUUAUGCAAUAACAACUAUUACAACCGUUUUAACAGCAACAAAUACUAAUUUGUAAGGCUCCUCCAAGUAUGCAAAACGAUCUUGUUGUAAUUCUGUUCAUUAACAGUUCCCAUCAGCAUUUCUUAAAAGCUAUUUGUGCUCGAAGACAACUACCAAUUCGAGUCAAUAAGCAAUACCAAAUGUUUUUGUUAUAAUUUUAGACAGCUCAUUACAUUAAUUUUGAUUUGUUUAUA